AUGCCCGACGCCACACUGCCUGCCUGCUUCCUCGGCCUGCUGGCCUUCACCUCCGCUUGCUACUUCCAGAACUGCCCAAGGGGCGGCAAGAGGGCCAUGUCCGACCUGGAGCUGAGACAGUGUCUCCCCUGCGGCCCCGGGGGCAAAGGCCGCUGCUUCGGGCCCAGCAUCUGCUGCGGGGACGAGCUGGGCUGCUUCAUGGGCACGGCCGAGGCGCUGCGCUGCCAGGAGGAGAACUACCUGCCGUCGCCCUGCCAGUCCGGCCAGAAGCCGUGCGGGAGCGGGGGCCGCUGCGCCGCCGUCGGCAUCUGCUGCAACGACGAGAGCUGCGUGACAGAGCCCGAGUGCCGGGAGGGCGCCAGCUUCCCUCGACGCGCCCGGGCCAGCGACCUGAGCAACGCGACCCUGCUGGACGGGCCGAGCGGGGCCUUGCUGCUGCGGCUGGUACAGCUGGCGGGGGCGCCGGAGCCCGCUGAGCCCGCCCAGCCCGGCGUCUACUGAGGCGCCCCCACCCCACCCCCCGCCCUCGCAGCACGAAAAA